CUUCUUUCUUCUAUUCACACCAUGAGGUUCAAGACUUCAGUUCGAAAUAUCCAAACUUUCUCGAAGCUCACUGCUUCGCUAUCGUCUUUAGGAAAGGUAGCAUGGGUCCGCCUCGACGAUGAUGCUGUACGCUUCACAAUCAUCCCGGAGACAGGCACUCAAGUAUGGGCCUCAUUGUCUAUCGAAUCCAUCUUCGAAGACUACACGAUCCAAUCCGCCGCUCCGAACAAUACCAUCAACCUCGAGUUACCCCUCCCGCCGCUGCACCGCGCUUUGAAGUCUGCUAUUAAUGCAACAUCCGCCUCGAUCCGACUCACAAAGAAAGAUGGAAUUCCAGUCCUCUCCCUCACAAUCAUCACAAACACAAUGAGCAGCGGGAACAGUGCGAACGGGUUCUUGAACGGAGCAAAUGCAGAUCCAUUCGGCGACAAUGCAUUCCGAGAGGAAGCUCUCGAUGCAAACAUGAGAGACCGAGAGACAGUUGUCACGCAAGAUAUCCCUAUCCGAGUCUUGACUGCCGUCAGCGUAGAAGGGAUUCAUGAGCCUCGAGUUCGAGAACCAGAUGCACAUAUUAUUCUUCCCUCUCUCAUCCAACUCAAGGCCAUCUCUGACCGAUUCACGAAACUCGCGAUGGCCACAACAACUAGUACGAAAAGCGGAAGUUCUAGUGCUGUGGCUCCGAAGCUGGAGUUGGCUGCAAAUAUGCAUGGGAGUCUGAAGCUUAGCAUUGCUACAGAUUCGCUGAAUAUCUCGAGUGUGUGGACUGGUCUUACAAAUCCGGAGCUGGAUCCUGGGCAGAUUGAGGAUGGGGACUUGGAGAAUCUUCCGAGUGCGAAGUUGAAGGCUGCGGGGCCUGAUGCUUGGUCGACGGUUAGGAUUGAUGGGCGUGAUUGGGGAAAGGUGUUGAGUGUUGGGCGACUUGGUGGGAGGGUGAUUGCAUGUUUUGCUGAUGAGCAUGCUCUGAUUCUUUACGUCUAUCUAUCUAACUACGAUGAUGGAGCGGAUGAAUCGGUAUUGACCUAUUAUAUCUCCUCGUUCAGCGUAUGAGUGCGAUCCUUGGCAUAUAAAAUUGACUUUAGCGACGGCGUUCGGGAUUGAUACCAUCACCAUUUGCUUUAUAUGAGUAGGAGGUGUAUGAUCAAAACUGUGGGGACAUUAAUAAUACUAAGUUCACCUUUUGCAAAAUAUGAAAUGCCUUCCCAACCUGG